UGCCAGCCCGUCCGCCGCCGCCCCAGCUUCGAGGUCUUUGUGUUUCAUGUUGGUGACAAAACUUGGAAAUCUUAUGACUGGUCACAGAUUACAACUGUGGCACUUUUUGGAAAAUAUGACUCAGAACUUAUGUGCUAUGCUCAUUCAAAAGGAGUCAGAGUAGUGCUGAAAGGAGAUGUGUCCUUAAAGGAUAUCAUUGAUCCUAAUUUCAGAGCAUCCUGGAUAUCUCAACAAGUUAGCUUGGCCAAAACACAAUACAUGGAUGGAAUUAAUAUAGACAUAGAGCAAGAAGUUAAUUGUUCAUCACCUGAAUAUGAUGCAUUAACUGCUUUAGUCAAGGAAACAACAGAUUCUUUCCAUUGUGAAAUUGAAGGAUCUCAGGUAACCUUUGAUGUAGCUUGGUCUCCAAAGUGCAUAGACAGAAGGUGCUAUAAUUAUACUGGAAUUGCAGAUGCUUGUGACUUUCUCUUUGUGAUGUCUUAUGAUGAACAAAGUCAGAUCUGGUCAGAAUGUAUUGCAGCAGCCAAUGCUCCCUAUAAUCAGACAGUAACUGCAUAUGACGACUACAUCAAGAUGGGCAUUAACCCUAAGAAACUUGUAAUGGGCAUUCCCUGGUAUGGUUAUGAUUAUACCUGCCUGUCUCUAUCAGAGGAUCAUGUUUGUACCAUUAACGAAGUCCCUUUCCGGGGAGCUCCUUGUAGUGAUGCUGCAGGAUGUCAGGUGCCCUAUAAAAAAAUUAUGAAGCAAGUAAAUAGUUCUAUUUCUGGAAUCCUGUGGGAUGAAAAUCAGAAGUCUCCAUAUUAUAACUAUAAAGAUCCUGCUGGUAGUUUUCAUCAAGUGUGGUAUGAUAACCCGAAGAGCAUUUCUUUAAAGGCAGAAUAUAUACAAAUCCGUGGCUUACGGGGCAUUGGCAUGUGGAAUGCAAACUGUCUUGAUUACUCUGUAGAGCCUGUAGCCAAACAGCAAACUGAAGAAAUGUGGGAAGCCUUAAAACCAAAGCUGUGACAGACAUGAACACCUUUUGUCAAACUAUUAAGAUUUUGAAAAUGAUCUGUAAAAAUAGAUCUAGUUUCUUGAAGAUAAAAAAUUUAUACAUUUUUGUCAUCUGGCUAUAUGUUUUACUUAUUAGUAUAAAAACAGAGAAUAAAGAGAUGCUUUGUUUGAAUGUGAAAGAUACAUAUAUUAACUUCAGUGUCCAGAAACAUAAAGGUAAGAAACAAGUCAACUUACUAUAUUAAAUAUUCCUCUAUGUUUUAAUACUAUAAUUAGGAACAACUGCUUUUAGAAUUUCAUGCUAAUUUCUCACCAUACAUGCUUACAAAUAAAUGCUGAUUUUUAAAUAUAUAUAAUUUGAAGUGGAAAUGUUUGCUUAGAAGAGAUUUUUAAAAACCUAGUCCUUGAAAAGCAUUGUAUUUUUAUUUUAUUUUUUUCAAUAAAUCUAAACUGAAGUCCUGCAAUUCAGUCUCCUGUUUAGGUUCAUCAAACUGCUGGAAAUAAUUUUCAUGCUCCUUAACUCCAUAUAAUACUCAUAUUCUCUGAGGCAUAUGAAUUAAACUCAACCAUCCACAGGAAAAAAUAAAGGAUUAAAAUACUCAAAAAAUUCAAGAAGAUAAUUUAGAAAUAUUUUUCAUUAAUAGGUUAGACCUACCUAUUGUUUUCCAACUAAAUUUUUUACUGUGGUUAUAUCUGAUAUUUUACAAUAGAAAAACUUGCUGUUGAACCUGAUUGUAUCCAUUGUCAUUUACCCUUCCAAUUAUUAAAAUUCCUUCACUAUGAACAUCUAUACUUUAUUUUUGGCUAGUUUUCAUGGUUAAAUUUUUCUUUAUCUGCAUUUUACUUUUAAUUAUCUAGACAUUUUCUCAAGUAGUUUAUCUUUCUAAAAGAGACAUUUUGUGCAAAGAACCUUUCUAAAUGUAUAAAGGUCUCUGUUCUUCUUCUCAAGGCAAUUAAGAACACUGUGUUGCACUUAUAUUAGUUCCUAUAAAUACUUAGAUUAAAAGUCUGCAUCCUUAAACUCUGGGCUUACAUAUAUCCUGCAUUCCCUGUACAUUUUUCCCCUCUGAAUUGAAAUAAAUGAUGAUUCAACCACUUGUUA